AGACAAUGCUACGAACGCGGCUGUGGCUUUGUUUUGCCCGUUGCUCGUUCGUCGAUGGACGCGCAGAAGCUCCCGAGGCGUCUGCUGCCAGCGCGCUCAUCCAUCGUGGCCCGCAAAAAAACCUGUCACAAAGUUCGCGGCCCGCGCAAAAUCCCUGUCCGACUCCCGCGAUGUCAUUCAGCGAUGGGUCGAUGCAGCGACACAGUCCUGGUCCCAACGUCCUGCAGCCACGCCUUUAAGCUCUGGAAAAUCCACGCGUAUGACACAAUCUCGCCUGCUCACUGCCGCAAACCACGUUUUUUUCCGCCCGUCGAGCUUGAGGCUGCAGUCCGCCGGGGUGGGUGCCUUGCUUUGAAUAGCGCGGCGUCGCGGCACACGUUUCUCAAUCGUCCAUCAUCCAUGCGUCAAUCUUUUGCUUUCGACAAACAACUUUGAUUAUGGCUGCCCCAUUGUGCCUGUGCUCUUCCUUAUCAACGCUACCUCGUGUGCUGUAUUAUGUUUGGCGAGCUUAGGAUCAGAAGAGACAAGAGCAAGGCGGCAGGUGCGACAGCCUCAACGACCAGAGGAAAACAGCCCAUCAUGGCGAGGAAGACAUUUUUGGACUUCUUUAAGCGCGCAAGACGGUUCAAAAAGUUCAAAGACGACAGUGCAGGUACAGGCCAGCCUGGGGUCCUGCACAGGGCCGCCGGUUUCGUGAGAACACCGCCAGUCGAGUCUGCGUCGGAGGACCAAGAUAAGUCGACCGACGCUACCGCAGAUGCUUCAGCUCCGCGUUUUUUGAGCGCCGAAGAUGUCCAUCAGCUCUUUUCGGGAGCUCCGCACUUUUCAGCCGCUAUCGUUCAGGGCCAGGGGCAGAUAUCCGUGUCGCACCCCUGGGACUUCGAGCUGCAAACACGUGAGGCAAGUGACUCUGCCCCCAUUCCUCAUGCUGCCUUCUAUGGCGCCACAUUGCGUCGGCACUUGCCAGCGCGGGGCUCUGGAGACAUCAAGGCUCUUUACCCCGUGACAUACGACAUCGGCGUCGUGGAAUUGCCCAGUAUGCUUGCAUCGACAGGACGCGAGCCUGGUACGGUUGGGCUAGAGUUCUUCCUGCAAGAGCCGGAGGCAGACAUACUCAACACGCACACGGAAACAGAAGACCCAGGGGAAGUCUUUGAGAACUUCAGCAACUUCGAGCUCUUGGAGAGUCAGCCCGAAAAGCUAGGCAUCAGGAAGUUCGAUCUUGCAACCGUCGCGGAGCGUCUUGUCGAGCUGAGCACGAUAUACACGGCGACGGGCGAGGAUGAGAGGAGCUUCAACAUACUGAAUCACUGCUCCAGCGCUGAGUUGCACGCCUCUUUGUUUGGCAAAAUCUUGACGGCUCCAAAAUACGACCAUUCGACGUCAGAUCCGAAAGGCCUGAAGGUCCAAAUUGAAGCCUUGGUCAAAAUUCUGAAUCUGAAGCGCGUGUGGUACAACUUCAGCAUUGUCGAAUGGCGCAUAAGGGUUGGGCAGCUCCUCUUCACCGAUGGCGUGCCCGAUAUAGCUGACUCCAAUAUCUCCGAGCCCGAAGACGGCCUCAGCGAGCGUGACGUCGUCCUGCUACAGCUCCUGCUUUCAUGCGAGCUGUACACGCGACUUGAGGCUAUUGCCAGCCUUAGCGUAGAGGAGGUCAAGAGGAGUCUACAUCUUACGUCUGAAGAUGUGCAAAAGUUUCGAAGGAUGGAGAGCCGUAAGGUAAGGUGGGAUCUUGUGCUUGCGCGCAGGUUUCUUGAGAACGUAAAUGCGAAAACGUACACCCGCCCGAAACUCGUGCCGGCCACGGAAAAGAGCCUGGCAAGGAGUAUCUUUGGCAUAUCGCAGCGGGAAUCAACGAUGAAGAUUGACGAGGUAGACAUUGCAUUUGAGCCACGGAGACAGGACGCUCAAUUGAGUGGACUGUUUUACUUCGCCGAGGCGCUCAAGUGGCCCAACCGGGAAGCUGUCGAAGCGCAUUUCACGGGAGUGCUCUCAUGCAACACAUUAGACCAGCUGUCUACUACGCCAAGCAUAUAUGCGACGCCUCUAUCCACCCCCGGUACGCUUACCCCCCGGUCGUUCCGCAGCAAUCUAGAGAGUGGAUACUUUGGUGGUGCCAAUAGCCCCGAGAUGACUCCACGAUCCUUCCAACUACAGCCACCUUCAAGGCUUGAUAUUUCUGACAUACAUGAUACCCCGACUCCUACCAAACCAUCUAUCGGCGGCUGGCUGACCCGAAGCUAUUUGACGGGUCUAAUUAUGCCCGGUGAGGCCAUCUGCCACCUUCUCAUUUCUUCCAUUCUCGAGAACGAUGCAGAGUCCAUCGCCGUUCUGGGCGAGAAUGCGAAUCUGUACGGCGGAUUCGUGUACAAAGGCCGCAGUUUUUGGAGCAAGAGCUGCAUUGUUGGAAGGGUAAUAGCGUGUCUCCAAGACACGGGGGAGUGCAUGGGAUGGAUAUCCAGCAAUCUUGUCCCAGAUGGAUACGGUGAUGGCUGGUUGGACGUCUUCAGUGCUCCGAUGGCACUGAAGAAGUUUGAUAUCGAAACCGAUGCGUUGGCAAUGAAUACAGAUCUGCUCAGCGGGAAGGAGACUCAAGAGGUGGAAUUCGCUGAGCUUAGUCUGCCACAGGACGGACCUUAUGAUGCGAAAUCAUCUGCAGCGAUCAGGUUUAAAGGCUUGCGUCUGAGGCACAAUUCUGCUACACGCGGGUUCACUGAUGAGCCCACGUUAGCUGCGAGCCUAGGCUUCACGGUUCUUGACGAAGACGAGGUUCACGACAUCCCGCUGGCAAACCUAGUGCAGUUUGUGUCCGCGUAUCCAUGCACCCCUCCAAAGAAUGUCGUUGUAAUGAAGCACGUCACUCAAAUGGACGCGAACGACACGUCCCUUCUUGAAGUUGCACCCUCUCAUCCAUUGCACAUGGGCUAUCACUACCGCAUGCUGCAUGCCAUGGAGCUCUUGAACCCCAAGCUCGAUAUUGACGAGGGCGACAGUGACGCAGUUGUCAUAAUUGAUGCUCGCAGCGAAGAUUCUGUGUUGGAAGUCCUCGCUAGAGCGUGGUGCGCCAGCGAAGGUGUCAACGCGCUCGUUGCGAGGGUUGGGAGGACGUGUUUAGCAUGUGCGAUCAGAGAGGCAAGGGGAUUAGGCGUCAGGUUCGUGAUCAGAGUUGGAGGCAGGUAACACGAUUUGACCGCUGGGAAUUGGGCUAUGAAGAAAAGUGGCGCGUAAUUUUUUUUUGUUUCUCAUCCGUGUAUACAUCUAGAUACCCAGUAAUGCUUCACCUAUUGUUUAAUGACC